AUGGAUUUCCCAAGCAGGCCGCUGUCUCAGCUGCUGGGGUCGAGCGGCCCCGUCCACGCUGUUAGCUACUCGGCCUCCCCGGGGACCUACAUCCUCACCGGAUCGGCCGACCGCUCCAUCCGGCUGUACAACCCCAGCACAACAACGGCACCACCACCGCUGCCCGAGGGCCGGUUGAUCCAGACGUACGCGGCGCACGGGUACGAGGUGCUUGCGCUGGCGGUGGCGGGCGACAACGCGCGGUUCGCGUCGGCGGGCGGCGACCGGGCCGUGUUCCUGUGGGACGUGGCGACAGCGCAGACGACGCGGCGCUUCGGCGGCGCGAGCGGCCACGGCGGCCGCGUCAACGCCGUGGCGUUCGGUGGCGCGGGUGACAGCCUGGUCGUCAGCGGGGGGCUCGACACGACGGUGCGCGUGUGGGACACGCGGUCCGGCGGCGGCAGUUUCGGUGGUAAACCGGUGCAGAUCCUCACGGACGCCAAGGACGCCGUGGCGGCCGUCGCGGUGAGCGGGGCCGAGAUCGUCGCCGGCAGCGUCGACGGGUGCGUGCGGUCGUACGACGUGCGCAUGGGCCGGCUGGUGGUCGACGUGCUGCCCGCGAGUGUUGCGAGUCUGUGCCUCGCGCGCGACGCCAAGACGGUGCUCGUCGGCGCGCUGGAUAGCAAGCUGCGCCUGCUCGACCGCGCCACGGGCGCCUGCCUGCGCACGUACGCGCACCCGGCGCGCCGCAACGACGAGCUGCGCGUCCAGGCCGUGCUGGGUGGCAAGGAGCGCUUCGUCGUCGCCGGUGACGAGAUGACGGCGACAACCGCCGAUACUACUGCCCCUACAGCUGAAGCAGCCGGCCGCAUCUGGGCGUGGGACCUGCUGACGGGCAAGGUAGUGGCGCAGCUAGCGGUGCCGUGGGGGGGUGGCGGCGAUGGCAACGAGGGCCGGCGGCGCGUGGUUGUGGGGCGCGACGGCAAGGAGAAGGAGCGCAGGAACGUGGUGACGUGCCUGGCGUGGAAGGAGGGCGGGUUCGGCAGCCAGUUCUGCGCCGGCGGGACGUCGGGCGUGGUCACCGUGUUUGGGGAGGGCUGA